GCCCACAUCACAACCAUGAUGUUGACCCUGAUUGGCUGUAGCCAUGCACCUGUACUGUUGUUUUACAGCCCUGCCUCGCCAUCCAGGUCCAAAGAUCGCUUCACUGUUUACUCAAGCCCUGAGCUGUUGGGCAUGGGGGGGAUCCCAGCUCUUCCUGCAUGAACCUGAAACCUCUAAUGCAGGUGCCUCUCUCACCACUGCACCACUUCACUAGCCAUCCAUUCUGCAUGUUUUUCAUUCAGUUGAAGGCCCCAGUGAAAUCUACUUCUCUCUGUAGGAUUACGUUGUUGUCUGGACUUCCAAACAGAGCGUAGAAGAAGGCCUGAACUUGCCUCAUCUGAAGCGGAAGCAAAGGGAGGACUGAAACUUGUAGUCCCCCACCCACGUCACUCUGUUUUUCUGGCCCUGUGUUCCUGCGUCUAUGAGUGCGGGACUUAAAGGACACAGGAAAUCACAUUUUUGUUUGAGGUGUGACAUAUGGACAAACUUAGCUAAAGAUGGCAUCGGUAUUGUCGUACUUUGGCCAGUUGUGUGGGAAAAAGAAAACCAGAGAAGAGGAGAGGCACUUGCGAGCUAAUGACAGACCUUUCAACCUGUCUUACCGCUAUGCUAACAAUGCCAUCAAGACCUCAAAAUACAACGUUUUAACCUUCCUGCCACUUAACCUCUUUGAGCAGCUCCAGAGGCUCGCCAAUGCCUACUUCCUCUUCCUCCUGAUCCUUCAGCUAAUCCCACAAGUCUCCUCUCUGUCCUGGUUCACCACGGCUGUCCCACUGUUGAUUGUCCUGAGCAUAACGGCAGUCAAGGAUGCCACUGAUGACAUAAACAGACACAAAAGCGACAAUCAAGUGAAUAACCGCAAGGUGGACGUCCUCAUCAAUGGAGAGCUGAGAAAUGAAAAAUGGAUGAACGUUCAGGUUGGAGACAUAAUCAAACUGGAGAAUGAUCAGUUUGUCACAGCAGACCUUCUGUUGCUGUCCAGCAGCGAGCCUCUCAAUCUGGUCUACAUAGAAACAGCUGAAUUAGAUGGUGAAACUAAUCUGAAGGUGAAACAGGCCCUGACUGUAACUGGAGAGCUGGGAGAUGACAUCAAUGCACUGGCUGGCUUCAAUGGUGAAGUGCGAUGUGAGCCUCCCAACAACCGUCUAGACAAGUUCAAAGGAACCCUGUCUCUGGAUGGACAAAUGUACUCUUUGGACAACGACAAGGUGUUGCUCAGAGGAUGCACCCUGCGGAACACCGAGUGGUGCUUCGGUCUGGUCAUCUUUGGAGGUCCCGACACCAAGCUGAUGCAGAACAGUGGAAAGUCAACAUUCAAACGGACAAGCAUCGAUCACCUGAUGAAUAUCCUGGUGUUGUGUAUCUUUGGUUUCCUCAUGUCUGUGUGCACCAUCUUGGCCAUCUGCAAUGCAAUCUGGGAAGCGAAGGAGGGCUCAGCGUUUACUGUCUUCCUCCCUCGUGAACCAGGGACUGGUGUUGGUCUCACAGCCUUCCUCUCCUUCUGGUCCUAUGUCAUCGUACUCAACACGGUGGUGCCCAUCUCUCUUUACGUCAGUGUGGAGAUGAUCCGCCUGGGGAACAGCUUCUUCAUAGACUGGGACAGGAAGAUGUAUUACCCCAAGAGUGACACUCCUGCCCAGGCGAGGACCACCACGCUCAACGAGGAGCUGGGCCAGAUCAAAUAUAUCUUCAGCGACAAGACCGGCACUCUGACGCAGAACAUCAUGACAUUCAACAAGUGCUCUAUAAACGGGAAAGCUUAUGGGGACCUGUAUGACUUUUCUGGACAAAGGGUGGAAAUAACAGAGAAGACAGAGAGAGUCGACUUCUCCUGGAACCAGCUGGCUGAUCCAAAGUUCAUCUUUCAUGACCACAGUCUGGUGGAGACUGUGAGAGAGGAAAACCUUCAGGCUCAGGCCUUUUUCCGCCUGCUCGCUCUGUGUCACACUGUCAUGCCUGAGGAAAAGAAGGAAGGGGAGCUGUACUACCAGGCUCAGUCUCCUGAUGAGGGUGCACUGGUGACCGCAGCAAGAAACUUUGGGUUUGUGUUCCGCUCACGCACGCCGGAGACCAUCACAGUCAUGGAGAUGGGAAGAAAAGUCGUCUAUGAACUUCUGGCUGUUCUUGACUUCAAUAAUGUGCGGAAGAGAAUGUCAGUUAUAGUGCGUAGCCCCGAGGGCAAGCUGACUCUAUACUGCAAAGGAGCAGACACCAUCAUCUUUGAAAGACUCCACCCAUCCUGUGACAAAAUGAAGGAAGUUACCACCAAUCACCUCAAUGAUUAUGCAAGUGAUGGCCUCCGUACGCUGGCUCUGGCCUACAAGGACUUGGAUGAAAGUUACAUGCAGGAGUGGAAAAAACGCCACCAUGAGAUAAGCACAGCCAUGGAGGGACGAGAGGAGGGACUUGAUAGCCUUUAUGAAGAGAUAGAGAAAGACCUGCUGCUGCUGGGAGCGACAGCUGUGGAGGACAAGCUCCAGGAUGGUGUGCCACAGACCAUAGAGCAACUGGCUAAAGCUGACAUCAAAAUCUGGGUGUUGACUGGAGAUAAACAGGGUUUGUGUCACAUAUUGUUUCGUCACCCAUUUCAAGAUGGAAGAAAUGGAGCAUUUUUUAAAACAGAGACAGCGGAGAAUAUUGGCUAUUCUUGCAACAUGCUGAGAGAGGAGAUGAAAGAUAUUUUCAUCGUUGCGGCAAAUACGGCUGAAGGAGUCAAAGAGGAGCUACAAAAUGCAAGAAGGAAAAUGUGUCCAGAAGCAGCGGACGAGCCAACUGUGAUUAAGGCCCGUGGAGGCUUGUUUUGGCUUCAGAAGACUACAACUGUGUUGGACGAGAAGGUGGAUGGACAAUAUGGCCUAAUUAUAAAUGGACACAGUCUGGCCUUUGCACUGGAGAAGAACUUAAAGCUGGAGCUACUGAGGACAGCAUGCAUGUGUCAGACAGUAAUUUGCUGCAGGGUCACCCCUCUGCAGAAGGCCCAGGUGGUUCACCUGGUCAAGAAAUACAAGCAGGCUGUCACUCUCGCCAUUGGGGAUGGGGCCAACGAUGUCAGCAUGAUCAAGACUGCUCAUAUCGGAGUCGGCAUCAGCGGUCAGGAAGGCAUGCAGGCAGUUCUCUGCAGCGAUUUCUCCUUCGCUCAGUUCCGUUACCUUCAACGCCUCCUGCUGGUGCACGGUCGCUGGUCCUACUUACGCAUGUGCAAGUUCCUACGAUAUUUCUUCUACAAGAACUUCACCUUCACCUUUGUGCAUAUCUGGUACGCUUUCUUCUGUGGCUUCUCGGCUCAGACUGUGUAUGACGAGUGGUUCAUCACCUUGUACAACCUGGUUUACACAGCUCUUCCCGUCCUUGGCAUGAGCCUCUUUGACCAGGAUGUGAAUGACCGCUGGAGUUUCCAGUAUCCCCAGCUUUACACUCCAGGCCAGCUGAAUCGAUACUUCAGUAAGAAGGUCUUUGUGGGCUGUAUGAUGCACAGCUGCUACAGCUCUCUCAUCCUGUUCUUCAUCCCGUGGGCUGCCAUGCACGACACAGUGCGAGAUGAUGGCAAAGACAUCGCUGACUAUCAAUCUUUUGCUUUACUGGCACAGACUUGUCUCCUGGUUGUGGUGAACGUACAGCUGUGUCUGGACACCCAUUACUGGACAGCAGUGAACCAGUUUUUUGUAUGGGGCAGCCUAGCCGCGUACUUUGCCAUCACAUUCACCAUGUACAGCAAUGGCAUGUUUCUGAUCUUCACCUCCUCGUUCCCCUUUAUCGGUACUGCAAGAAACUCUUUGAACCAGCCAAAUGUGUGGUUGACCAUCUAUCUGACUUCCCUCCUCUGUAUUCUCCCUGUGGUGGCUUACCGCUUCAUUUUCAUUCAGCUUCGGCCCACAAUCAAUGACAAGGUGAGAUGUAAGGUGCGAAAGGAGCCACUGCCAGUUCCUGCUCCUCGCUACAAACCUAAAAGGCGUGCCAGUCGUCGGUCCGGUUAUGCCUUCUCCCACUCUCAGGGCUAUGGUGAUCUGGUAACAUCUCGGAAGUUCCUGGUGAGACCCCUAAAGAGUCGACCAGCCUUGUUUAUCCAGACAGAUUCUGGUCUGGCUCAGAAUCAGCCACAGCACUACCGCACAAUCACAGAGGAGCCCGAGGGGUCGCAGAGCCCUUGAAGAGAAGGUAUGCAGGGACAUUGUGCAGUGCAUGGGAAGAACCCAUUUUUAUGUUUUUAUUUUGGAGUCCAGCUCACACCCAUGGGAGGAGGCACAGGGUAUAGUUCGCUACCUAGAUUGUUUCGAGGUGAAACCUUUACGCUUAAAAUUAAGCCUGACUUUAACACACGUUUUUUUUUUUGUUUGUUUUUUUUUAAUGGAUGAGUGUUGGUAUCACUGUGAAAAUGUAGAAGCUCAGUAGCAUAAACUGCACUGGUCCUUUUACAUGUUUUAGUUUAAUAAAGACGACUCUCAUAUUCUGUAGUCUGCAUUACUGCUGACCAUUGUCUAAAGCAUACCAAGAGGUUUCAGACAAAUGUUGGUUUAAUUUCAUUACAAUCACAAGCAACAGCUGGAGAAUUGAUUUAGCCAGGUAAUCAGUCACAGGGAACAUAUAAAUGUGGUUAAUGUUGUUGGUCUCCGUGACCCUGAUGGAUCUGCAUUCAGUCCCACUUCAUUCUCUGUUUUAUGAGACUCAGGUGCUAAAAAGUAAGCUUUAAUUGUAAAAAGGAGAGAUGAAGUUAUUUCACAACAGAGAUUUAUUGUUUUCUUUUCCAAUAACACAGCUCAUGGAUGUAAUUAUUUUCUAUUGAUAUAGUAAAACAUACAGUCAUACAAUCCGGAAAGUAUUCACACCGCUGCACUUUUUCCACAUUUUGUUAUGUAACAUUCUCAUUCCAGAAUGGAUAAAUUCAUUUUUCCCCCCAAAAUUCUACACAAAAUACCCCAUAAUGACUGAAUGAAACAAGUUUGCUUGAAUUUCUUUGCAAAUUUACUAAAAAUGAAAAACAAAAAAUGUAACAUGUACAUAAGAAUUCACACUCUUUGCCAUGACGCUCACAAUUGAGCUCAGGUGCAUCCUGUUCCCACUGAUCAUCCUUCAGAGGUUUCUACAACUUGAGUUGAGUCCACCUGUGGUAAGUUCAGUUGAUUGGGCAUGAUUUGGAAAGGCACACACAAGUCUAUAUAAGCCCUCACAUUUGGCAGCGCGUGUCACAACACAAACCAAGCCAUGAAGUCAAGUGAAUUGUCUGUAGACCUCUGAGACACGAUUGUGUCAAGGCACAGAUAUGGGGAAGGGUAUAGAAAGAUUUCUGCUGCAUUAAAGGUCCCAAAGAGCACACUGGGCUCCAUAAACCACAAGUGGAAGAUGUUUGAAACCACUAGGACUCAUUUUGAGGGAGAAAUUUAAUUUAAUCCAUUGGAAUGAGACUGUUACAUGACAAAAUGCAGAAAAAAGCAAAGCAGUGUGAAUACUUUCCAGAUGCACUGCAUAGUCUUGUCAUCCCAGGAUGGAAAGCAUUCACUUUGUACUUAAUGGACUAAAACAUGGAAAGCCAGAAAUUGCAAUGAGAAUUAACUUUAUUAUUUUUUUUUAACUUUGUUUUUUGAAAGAAGGUUAUGUUAAAAAAAGUUAAAGGUUGCCACAAGUUGAUCUGGAGAAUCUGGAUUAGCAUACUACCUGUAACAUGAAGUUGCAUUUUGUACUUCUUUGUUUUCUUUGUUUCCCUCGAUUGAAUUUUCAUACUCAGGGUGUCAUUGUGAGAAAAAGAUGAAACAGUGGUUUCACUUUCAGCUUAAAUCUUCCAUGAACCUAUUUUCACUCUGUUGUUUACAUUAUUAUUUACAGGAAGAUUCACUCUUCUCUAUAAUCUGCUUGUAUGUUUAUCAAGAGAUACUGAGUAACACUUGCUCAGUCAGUUCCACUAAGUCACAGUACAGCCAGGGGUCAGUAUUGUCUUUGUGACUGUGCUUUCAGCAAAACAAAAGUCCAGUAAUGUUUUACGUGUCAUAUGAGGGACAUUAGAAAGACCAGCAGACAGCACAUAUUACACAUUAAAUCCUUUUUAUUCGGUCCUAUAUAUACAUAUUUUGCCACUGUGUCUUUCACCUUAUUACGUCAGGCUCCUCAGACUCACAUCUGGUGAGAUUUUUGUUUGAGAAUUUGAAGUUUGUGACGAUCAAGUUUCUACAUGAGAGAUUAUCUGAAUAAAACAAAUAACCUGACUGACUUGUUUAUUCUUUUUUUCACCAUUAAGGCAAUCUAACAAAAAUGUCUGAAAAGCUAGUAACAUUG